AUGAAAGAAAAGGCAGAGGAGUUUGCAAAUCAAUUAAAAGAGGAUCCUCUUUCUAUUAUUGAUGUUAGUGUUGUUGUCAACUUUAUUCAGGAUCCACUUGGUGUAUUGGAAGAAACAUUGACUGAUCCUGAAUUCAUUGGAUCGUGUAUCUCUACUGCUCUUGAAUGUGUUCCAGGAGUAGGUCCCAUUUUAGCAAGUGUAUUCUCAAUGUUUUGGCCUGCCGAUCCUGCCAAACAACCAAUCACUCAAGAGGAAUUGGACAAGAGAUUAGAAGAAUUCAAAACUGAAAUGAUUGGUAUCAUGGAUAAAAAGAUUGCAGAUAGUGAAGUUAAAACAUGGAAAAACAUUUGUGAAGCAUUCUUUAAUGGAAUUGUUAGUUCUGCUCCCAUCCUUCAAGACAAGAUCAAUACACUCAAACAUCGUUUAGCAGAGGAUGGAAAGGCUGACUCUUCACUCAAAACCUAUGUCAGAGAAGCAUUGGAACUUCAAAGAGUACAAAUCAAAACAAUCAUCCAAUUCUGUGCAUCCAAAGAGUUCCAAAAGGAUACUGUCAAAUUCUAUCAAGACAGUUUAUUCAUGUACAUCUCUGUCAUGAAUGUAUUAAAUACAUGGUGGUAUCAAUUGGAUGUCGAUCCAUACUUUAUCAGUGGAAAGGCUGCAAAUGAGAAUGCAGGUGAGGUCAAAUCAUUGAGAGAAAGAAUGCAUAUUACUUUACAAAAAGGUAUUUCCAAUAUUGCUGCUGGUGCCAGACAAACUAGUGCUGAUAGUAUCAAGGAUUUCUACCAAAACGGACACCUCUUGUUAAAGAAUGAUGCAUGGUGGUACCCAGUCAAACUUUUAAUUCAUCCAGAACAAAAGAGACCUGUUGACACAUCAUUUGACAAUAGAACCUUUUAUUGCAACCCACUCGAACUUCCAGACCUCGAGAAUGCUUACAUCUAUCGUGUCGAUGCCGCCUUUUUCUACCCAGGCCAGAAACAAGAUUACAUGGAGGGAUACCGUAAUUUCCCACCAAGUAUCGAGCCAGUAUCUGGAUGCUACGGUCUCUAUCCAACUCCAGGAUCCUCUCUUCCAGUCACUAUCAAAGGUGGCAAGAGAAAGGUGCAAGUUCGUAUUUUGACGACCAGUUCUUUGCCCAAAACCACCCUGUACUGUGAAAUCCCUGAAGACUACGAAAAUGAUGAACAGGAAGGUCCACAAAUAACGAUGAACAGAACUAUUUGUGAUCCUCUUGGAGUCGUCGAUUCUCAAUACACAAAAUACAGUGGAUUUGCUUGGAGUCAACUGAUGCACACUAACUCCUUUGAUCUUGGAUUCGGAGCUUACAUGCUCACUAGAAACAAAAAUUAUGCCGAGAGAGUAUUCUCAUCCAAUUUUGUGCAUCAAAAGAAUUCCUUAAAGGAUGGCGCCAAAUUCUAUCAAGACAAUUUAUUCUUGUACAUCUCUGUAUUAAAUGUCAAGUUAAGAUGGUCAACUUACAAAAGAGGUAAACUACAAUUUAAUUAUUUAAUCAUGCCAAAAGUUAGCAAAUUUGGUAAAAUGGCAAAAGCCUUGGGUGACAAGACCAAAGACAACAUGGAAGAAAAGGCCAAAGAUUUCCAAGAUCAAUUAAAAGAGAAUCCUCUUGCUGUGAUUGAUGUUAGUAUCGUUGUCAAUUUUGUUCAAGAUCCACUUGGUGUAUUGGAAGAGACAUUGACUGAUCCUGAAUUCAUUGGUUCUUGUAUCUCUACUGCUCUUGAAUGUGUACCAGGAGUAGGUCCAAUUUUAGCAAGUGUAUUCUCAUUAUUUUGGCCUGCUGAUCCAAAGAAGAAACCAGUCACCCAAGAAGAAUUGGACAAGAGAUUAGAAGAAUUUAAAACUGAAAUGAUUGGUAUCAUGGAUAAAAAGAUUGCAGAUAGUGAAGUUAAAACAUGGAAAAACAUUUGUGAAGCAUUCUUUAAUGGAAUUGUUAGUUCUGCUCCCAUCCUUCAAGACAAGAUUAAUACACUCAAACAUCGUUUAGCAGAAGAUGGAAAGGCAAAUCCUACACUCAAAACCUAUGUCAGAGAAGCAUUGGAACUUCAAAGAGUUCAACUGAAGACAAUCAUCCAUUUCUGUGGAUCAAAGGGAUUCCGUAAGGAUACUAUCAAGAUUUAUCAAGACAGUUUAUUCAUGUACCUUUCAGUAAUGAAUGUAUUAAAUACAUGGUGGUAUCAAUUAGAAGUUGAUGAAUAUUUUAUCAGUGGAAAGGUUGCCAAUGCAAAUGGAGGUGAAGUUAAAUCAUUGAGAGAGAGAAUGCAUAUCACUUUACAAAAGGGUAUUAAUGAUAUUGCAGCUGGUGCAUUGCAAGCCAAUGCAGAUGACAUUCCAGAUUUCUACCAAAACGGACACCUCUUGUUAAAGAAUGAUGCAUGGUGGUACCCAGUCAAACUUUUAAUUCAUCCAGAACAAAAGAGACCUGUUAAUACAUCAUUUGAAAAUAGAACCUUUUAUUGCAGCCCACUCGAACUUCCGGAUCAUGAACGUGCCUACAUCUAUCGUGUCGAUGCUGCCUAUUUCUACCCAGGCCAGAAACAAGAUUACAUGGAGGGAUACCGUAAAUUCCCAGGGAGUAUUGAACCAGUAUCUGGAUGCUAUGGGUUAUAUCCAACUCCAGGAUCCAAUCUUCCAGUCACUAUCAAGGGUGGCAAGAGAAAGAUCCAGGUUCGUGUUUUGACUACCACUUCAUUGACCAAAACCACAUUAAACUGUCGUGACACAACUAAAGUACCAUUCCCUGAAUUCAAAGAAGGAGAUGACCAAGAAGCUAUCUAUAAAGCCUACAGUGAAAAGUCGGUUGAAGCGAGAAAAAAUAGAAUGAAUAGAACUAUCAGUGAUGUACUUGGAGUUGUGGACAAUACUUACAAAAACAGUGGAAUGGCAUGGAGUCAAUUGAUGCACACUGAAAGUUUGGAACUUGCAUUCUCUGGAUACUAUCUUAGAUCCAAAUUCUAUGCUGAAAGAGUAUUGUUUGUUGAAUUUAUCGUUCAUGAUAAAUCUGAUCAAAAACCAUUGGAAAACAUCACUCCACUACCAGAGGAUAAUGAUAUUUUUCCUAAAACAAACGGCUAUAUGGCAGAUUUUUAA